GCAACACUCAAAUCAUCCACAGUGUCGUCACUGAGGUCAGGUAAACGGAGCGAAAAUGGCGGCCGCCUACGAAAGAUACAAUUUGCACACAACUCCAGAGAAGUUCUUCAUUGAGGCCUGUGAUGAGGGGGCUGAUGCUGUGCUGGCAAUCGACAGGGUUUCAAAUGAGAUGACCCUUACAGGUAAAAAGGAUGUCCCUCCCUCAGCAGUCACCAAGCCUAUAUGUGGCAUCAUGGGAACCAUUCGCCUGGUAGCAGGGAUGUACCUGAUCGUUAUCACCAGGAAGAGGAAUGUGGGCAGCCUCCUGGGCCACGCUGUGUGGAAGGCUGUGGAUUUUGACGUGAUCUCUUACAAGAAGACAGUGCUACACCUUUCUGAGAUCCAGUCUCAAGAGAAUAAGACCUUCCUGUCGAUGAUUAACAAUGUGCUGACAACAGACGGCUUCUACUUCUGCACUGACUAUGACCUGACACACACUCUGCAACGGCUGGCCAACACCAGCCCUGACUUCCAGGAGAUGAGUCUACUGGAGAGGGCAGACCAGAGGUUUGUGUGGAACGGGAACCUGCUGAGAGAACUGGCUGCACAGCCAGAGCUUCAUAAGUUUGCCCUUCCUGUUGUCCAUGGAUUUAUUGUCAUGAAGCCAUGUCGUAUAAACGGGAAGAUCUUUGAGUGGAUCCUCAUAUCCAGAAGAAGCUGCUUCCGGGCAGGUGUCAGAUACUACGUAAGAGGCAUUGACUCUGAAGGCCAUGCUGCUAACUUUGUGGAGACUGAGCAAAUAGUUUUGUAUGAGGGAGCAAAGGCUUCGUUUAUACAGACACGAGGUUCCAUGCCCUUUUACUGGAGUCAGAGGCCAAACCUCAAAUACAAGCCUAAACCUAUUAUCAGCAAAGCCACCAAUCGCAUGGAUGGUUUCCAGAGGCAUUUUGACUCUCAGCUCCUCAUCUAUGGGAAGCAAACCAUUCUCAACCUGGUUAAUCAGAAGGGCUCAGAGAAGCCACUAGAACAGGCCUUUGCCAACAUGGUGUCAGGCAUGAACAAUGGUAUGCUCAAUUACAUUGCCUUCGACUUCCACAAAGAGUGUAGCCACAUGCGAUGGGACCGUCUGCAGAUCUUGGUGAAUGCUGUCACUGAGACACAAGAUGAAUACAGUUACUUCAUGGUGAGCUCAGAAGGGAAGACUGUGGCCCAGCAGGAAGGAGUCUUCCGCAGUAACUGUAUGGACUGCCUGGACCGGACCAAUGUCAUCCAGAGUCUGUUAGCUCGAUGCUCCCUGCAGUCUCAGCUCCAGAGAAUGGGGGUUCUGAAUGUGGGCCAGCAAAUAGAAGAGCAGGCUGAGUUUGAAAAGAUCUACAAGAAUGCAUGGGCUGACAAUGCCAAUGCUUGCGCAGUUCAGUACGCAGGAACUGGAGCCUUGAAAACAGACUUCACAAGGACGGGGAAGAGGACAAGAUUGGGGCUGCUGAUGGAUGGCUGGAACUCCAUGAUCCGCUACUACAAAAACAACUUUUCUGAUGGAUUCAGACAGGAUUCCAUUGACCUGUUUCUGGGUAACUUUGCUGUCGAGGAGUCAGAUGGACCCACUCCCCUUCGUGUGCAGAAGGACUGGAAGUUCCUCACGCUGCCCAUCAUUAUGCUGGUUGCAUUUUCCAUGUGCAUCGUAUGUCUUCUCAUGGCUGGUGACACAUGGACAGAAACGCUGGCAUACGUGAUGUUCUGGGGGGCUGCUAGUGCCAUUACCGCCACUAGCAUCUUGUUUAAUGGUGCAGACUUUGUGGAUGCCCCCAAACUGGUUCACAAGGAGAAGAUGGACUGAGUGACGGUGUGGGUUUGUGUGUAUGAGGAGCUCCUGGGUUCAGCAGAUUCAUAUACCUUGUCAUCGUCACAGUCUACUGCCCCACAUCUGGUAUCUAGACCCAUUUGCUGCCUCAACGCUGCCCUGAAGACUUUCUCAUCCACAACUGUUACUCUGUUUCUCUACUGCACAUACGACUUUCUUCAGUGGUACUGCACACAUUCCUUUACAUGGUUUACAUUCCUCAUAUGUGUCUUUAGGUUGCUGCUUUGGUAGGGUUCAUUUAUUUCCCAAGGGUCUAUGAUGGGAGUAAGCUAUCUCACUACUGCUUCUACAGAAUUUUAACAAAAUUCUGUAGAAGGCCAUGUGAAUAUUUUCCUUUUUUGGUAAAAUGGUAAGAAUGGUCUGUAUUUAUACAGUGCUUUUCAAUGUGCUUUACAGCACAAGUUAAAAAAAAACAACCUUUUACUCUCUGGGGAAAUGCAAAAAUAUGGAUGUAGUGUUAAAAAAAGGUUUAGUACGGGGUAGUAUCAGAGUUUGUGCUGCUAGAAAUAUGAUUGAUAGGAUAAGAAGUUAUUGAAAACCAAAUCCAAAAGAAUAAGUGAAAAAUUCAAUGAAAUAUGAUGUUUAUUAAGAUAGCAACUUUAAGAACACAUUUGUAAGUUGUGUACGUAUCCAAUAUUCGAUACAAAUUGACUCACUGUCAAAGGAAGGAAAAUUAAAGUGGAUACUUUCACAAGUUGUGUAGCAUCUAAGAGUUUGAUGAAAUUGUUAAUUUUUAAAUUAUUGAUUAUUGUAGUUUUAAUGAUUGUCAACUUAAUUGAUUAUAUUCAUCACAACAGAUGAUUGUUCCCUCAAUGUCAAUAAACAUUUAGACAUGUGGCACUUAAACAUGCACAUACUGAAAGGGUAUGUUGUAUCUCAUUGAUGAAUGGAGCACAAUGUUGCACAAUAACAGAGUAAGAUGAUUAUGCUUUGUUAAUGGCUCAGUGCUUUCUUACCAUCUUGUUAUUAUACUACCAUUAACUGUGCUUCCUGCAGACAGCUCCUGUAGAUGUGUCCUCUUGUAUGGAGAGUCAAUACAAAGGAGUGUCUUGUUGUUGCUAGUAUUUUUUAUUUUUUUAACCAAGUUUCAGAAGUUUAUACAGCUCAGCCCACAUCAUCGAUUAGUUCAGUGAUUCAAAAAGGUCUACCCUUGUGCUCCUUCAUUUUUUUUUUGUUUGUUAAAAGUGGUUUGAGAAGCAAUUGAUCAUUUAGAACAUGUAGGAAGGAUGAGGAUGCCAGCUUCCAAAUUCUCUUUUUAGAUACUUAGUUACAUCCAUAAAAACCUCAGUAGAAAACCGGUCAGAAUGUAGUUGAAAGGCGUGGAAGAGGUUGACACAGACAUACAGGUUGUGAUAACUCCACAAAAAACAUAAGAACUUGGUAAUUGUCACUUUUCCUUAAUUGGCUGAUGAAAGUUCUUUGUUUUUAGAGACCAGUACCACAGUUUUAAGGUUGACUGAAAAUGAGGUUAUAUUGAUAAAACCGUUUUAUUCUUGCUGUCUACCACAGUGUAUUUUUAAACAAUUAUCAAAUUUAAUCACUGGUGGGGGGAGCCAGAGUUUAGUUUUUGAUCAAACAAAUUGUGGCUUUGAAUCUGAUUUAACCCAAGUUAUCAGAUGAAGCUCUUUGGUCAUCAGGAUGCUCAAGUGUUGUCUUAGAAAAGAGCAGUCUAAGGUGAAAGGAAGUUGGCCUGCACAUUACGUUGUUACUAUGACAACGGUUAUAUGGCUUUAUAUUAAAAGAUUAUUUAAACCAGACAUUUAAACCUUCCAUAUUAUCAAGAUGUGGUUGGGCUUUGAAACUGUCCUCUGCUGUUGAAGGUUUCACCCUCUCUUCUUGGUCUGUGUGUGAUUCACGUAGAAGCUGUGUGUGUUGAAUCAUCUCAAACAUUAACAUACAUCAGACCAUUCCAACACUCUGCUGACAAUGUUUUAGGUCAAGGUCAAAGGAGGUUUAUUUUGGUAAUCUUAUACGAGGUAAUUUGUAUCCAAUGACCAACUGUGCAAACAAAGUAACUGAAAUAAUUUGUGUUACCAGGGUAGUUACAGCUUGUGCAAACAAGAUGAAAUGGUGUGUGAUUAACGUUUGGACUUCAGCACACUGUACUUAAUACUUACUUACUACUUACCCAUGGUUUUCAUUUUAAUGGAUUGGUAUGUUUUGUGGUUGUGGGGCUUGAAUUAGGAUUUCUUUUCCCUUUUUUUCUGCAAAACUACUUUUUACAAUUUCCAGAAUGAAAGUUCUCUCUCAUAUGCAUAUCUCUGUGCAGGAUAAAUCUGUCUCAUUGGUCCUUGGAAAACCUGUUCAAUUCAAAUGAGAUUUUAUUCAACAGACGUACUACAUACAAAUAUUGGAUUAAAACUUGGGCAGUCAGCACCUUAUUGUCAAAGUUUGGAAAUUGUACCCUAAAAUCAAUAUACUGAGAAAACAUGUACAGCUGCGGAUGUAUUAAUGUUACACAGCAAAACACUUCACUGUGGUUUUCUCUUGCGGUGAUUAUAUCUCAUAUAGGCUUAUCUUUCCCAUCUAAACCUGAAUCAGUAAUUGAUCAAAUAAUCUAAUUAAUUUAGUAGCAGGCUUUUAUUUUGUUUCCAAAUUUAAAGUUUGUGUUACAAGUUUGUUUAUGAGGUCACAACCCUGUGCAGGACGGCUGAUGAAAAUGUAUAUCUGAAGGUUGAUCAUUGUCACAUAUUCAAAUCACUGGGGUUAUAUAGGUAUAAAGUUAUCAAUUUAAAAAUAAACGAUAUAUAUAAAAUCUUCGGAGGUGUUGGAAGCCAUAAUCAGUUGUUUUUUUUGCUGUGGAAUAUGUCAAUUAUUUUAUGUUUCUCCUUAGCACUUUUCAAUGCCCUUCUUCCAGAAGUGGACUUCAAUCAGUUGUUGUGAUUGUCAAUAAACUUCAGUUAACACAGA